ACACCUACAUCAUACAAAACACUAUUUCUAUUUCUCUCUCAUUUCCCGUGAUUUGACACCUUUCUUUCGAUGAUCAUGUUCCACAACCAUCUUCUUCUAAAACAAACACUACACAUAUUAUUGGUCCAAUAAUCCUAUCCUCUCAUAUCUCCAUAUAUUUAACUAACACCCGACUAAAACUAGUUAAUCACGGUUCAUUAGUUAGUAGCUGUACUGACCACAGCUUGGUCGAUUAUAUUUUAUAUCCGAUGAGGAGCGAGAUCGCGCGGCGGAGUACGACGGUGGAAGAGGCGGAGGAGAGGCGGAGGGAGUACAGAGUGGAGGAUCUCCGGGAUGGUGAGAGGUUGGGAAAACGACGGAACGUGUUCACAUUGUUGGAGUGGGACUUGGGGCUGGACUCGACUCACAGAGGGUUCAACACAGACAAAGUGUUCGAUGGCAUCAAAGGCUUCUACAUCCCCCCACAAAACAGUUAGCGAUGGGCAGGUUCGUAGAGGGAAAAUAGAUGCUUACCGCUGCACCACCCACCCUUGAAGAUGGUACCGGACAUGGGAGAAAGUAAUAUUAGUAUGGGCAAUCUACUCUUCUUUCUUCACACCCAUGGAGUUUGGCUUCUUCCGGGGCUUACCCGAUCGCCUCUAUCUAUUAGACACAUUCAGUCAAGCCGCUUUCUUCAUCGACAUCGUUGUUCAGUUCUUCGUUCCUUACCGAGACACCCAAACCUACAAGUUCAUCGUUAGCCCACGACUCAUCGCUAUUCGGUACUUGAAAUCUCAUUUCAUAUUUGAUUUACUCGCCUGUAUGCCUUGGGACAUACUUUAUACGGCUUCUGGGAAAAAAGAAGAAGUGAGAUACCUUUUACUAAUACGAUUAGUACGGGCACGUAAGGUUCUAGAAUUCUUUUCCAAGUUAGAGAAGGACAUACGGGUCAAGUAUUUGUUUUCGAGGAUUAUAAAGCUUAUUGCUGUUGAGCUCUACUGCACGCAUACGGCUGCAUGCAUAUUCUACUAUCUGGCUACGACUCUGCCACCUGUCGAAGAAGGAUACACGUGGAUCGGGAGCUUAACACUUGGUGAUUAUAGCUACUCAAACUUCAGAGAAAUCGAUCUUUGGAAACGUUAUAUAACGUCGUUAUAUUUUGCAAUUGUUACUAUGGCAACAGUCGGCUAUGGUGACAUACAUGCGGUCAACUUAAGAGAGAUGAUAUUCGUUAUGGUUUAUGUCUCGUUUGACAUGGUUCUUGGUGCUUAUUUGAUCGGUAACAUGACAGCUUUAAUCGUAAAAGGAUCAAAAACAGAACGAUAUAGGGACCGAAUGUCAGAUCUUAUCAAAUUUAUGGAUAGAAAUGAAUUGGAUCGAGACAUACGCAAUCAAAUUAAAGGUCACGUGAGGCUGCAAUACGACAGCAGUAUUACUGAUUCUGCCGUUAUUCAAGACCUUCCAAUCUCUAUUCGCGCCAAGAUAUCGGAAAGUCUCUACAGGACGUACAUCGAAAAGGUUUCGCUUUUCAGGGGGUGUUCUUCGGAAUUUAUCAAUCAUGUUGUAACUAGAGUGCAAGAAGAGUUCUUUCUUCCUGGUGAAGUAAUCAUGGAGCAAGGGAUUGUUGUUGAUCAGCUUUAUUUCAUCUGUCAUGGCAGCCUGGAAGAAGUUGUAAUAUGUGAAGAUGGAUCCGAAGAGAUAGUAUCAAAUCUAAAACCUCAUGACUCGUUUGGUGAUGUUUCGAUUCUAUGUAACAUUCCACAACCAUACACAGUUCAAGUUUGUGAACUUUGUCGACUUUUGCGGCUUGAUAAACAAACCUUCACUAAUAUUCUUGAAAUAUAUUUUCUUGAUGGAAGGAAGAUUUUAAACAAUCUACUAGAGGGUAAAGAAAGUGACGUUCGAAUGAGGAAUAUGGUGACGGAUAUCACAGUUCAUAUCGGAAUGCAAGAAGCAGAACUUGCACUAAGGGUCAACAGUGCAGCGUUUAAUGGAGACUUGUCUCAGAUAAAAAGCUUAAUUCGAUCCGGUGCUGACCCGAACAAGAAAGAUUAUGACGGAAGGUCACCCCUGCAUCUCGCUGCAGCAAAAGGACACAUGGAUAUUGCGGUUUUCCUAAUUCAAAACGGUGUAGAGGUUAACAUGUCAGAUAACUUUGGAAACACGCCGUUGUUAGAAGCGAUCAAGAACGCGAAUGAUGACAUUGCAUCUGUCCUAGUAAAAGAAGGGGGGUCGUUAAAGAUAAACGACCCUGGCAACUUCUUGUGUUCAUGUGUGGCGAGAGGGGACAUAGAUUUCAUCAGGCGGCUUUUAUCAAACGGAAUUGACCCGAAUUCUAAAGACUACGAUUUUAGAACUCCACUUCACGUUGCCACGUCACAAGGAUCGUGUUUAAUAGCAAAGCUGCUAGUUGAAGCUGGAGCUAGUGUUCUAUUGAAGGACAGAUGGGGUAACACUCCCCUUGAUGAAGCAAGAUCAUCUGGAAACAAGAUACUGAUAAAGCUAUUGGAAGAAGCCAGAUCUUUGCAGUUGUCGGAAUUCCCUACAUGCUCUCAAGAAUCAACAGUCACAGAUAAAACGCCCCAAAGAAAAUGUACUGUAUACCCGUUUCAGCCAUGGGAACCAAAGGAUCAAAAGAAGUUGGGGAUUGUAUUAUGGGUUCCGGAAUCCAUCGAUGAACUCAUCAAAACGGCAGCAGAUCACUUAAAGUUGGACGUUCCUCCCACUUCUUGCAUCAUAAUAACAGAAGAUGCAGGUCAAAUUUCUGAUGUGGAUAUGAUUAAUGAUGGACAAAAACUCUACUUAAUAAUUACUACUCAAGCAUGAGUUAUGUAUGCAUCAUUAAUUUCACCAUGUCAUGCUGCAAAAUUUUGUAUUCAUGGCAUUACAUAUAAAUUGGCACAAGUGUUUGUGAUAUACAAGUCACCAGGUGGCAUCAUACUUAUAGUACUUUUUGUAUAUUUAUGUGAAGAUGAAAAGUUAUUAUAUGUGUAAAUUUCUUA